CCACCUCAAGACAGCCAAUCAGAUUCUAGAAAUGGCCUCGUCUUGUUGACAACGCUGGCACUUCUUCCGGGCUGAUAAUGAGGGCCGCACCGGCGACAUGAGCUGAAAACUCCCAGAUAGCUGCAGUGUUUGUGACGUUCCAAAUACGACUACUGCUGGUCUUUGUUUACAAGAAGAUUCAUCACCUCAUCUAAGAAAUAACUGACACAGUGGGAAAGGCAAGAGGAAGCAAGUUAUCCUGCUAGCACUUUCAUCAAAGAAGAGGAGGCAUAUUAUAGCUUGAAUAACUCAAGAGGAGAGGGGGACUUCUAAGAGGGAAAAAGAGCUGAAGAGAGUGGAGUAAAGGACAAGAGACGUGAAAAAAUACGUGACGGACUGAGUCUGUCUUGCUCUUUCCACCCUCCCUUGUUUGUCUCAGUCACUCCUCCAUCAGGAUGAAGCUGAAGGAGGAUGUGCCUCCUAUUUUCCUGCACGUCUUUCGCUCUGUAGUUUGGGUCUACUCCUUCAUCACCUUUAUACCCUGGUACUUCCUGUCCGGAGCAGGGGCCAAUCAGACCCGUGCCAAAUGCAUCAAAGCGCGCUCAAUAACAGGGAAUCCAGCAGGGCCUUACCGUUCCAUCAACAGCCAGAAGCAGCUUGUUUCAGAACUCCAUGAUGGACUGGGAACUCUUGAUAAAGUGUUUGAGUAUGCAGUUAAACGCUUUCCUCAGAGAGACUGUGUCGGUACCCGAGAGGUUCUCAGCGAGGAAGAUGAAGUGCAACCCAAUGGCAAGGUCUUCAAGAAGGUGAUAUUAGGUGAAUAUAACUGGCUCUCAUAUGAGGAAACCUUUCAGUUGGUCCAGAGGUUUGGAAGUGGCCUGGCUGCCCUGGGUCAGAAGCCACAGUGUAACAUUGCUAUCUUCUGUGAGACUCGUGCCGAAUGGAUCAUAGCAGCACAGGCCUGCUUCAUGUACAACUUCCCAUUGGUGACUCUGUACUCCACUUUGGGAGGGGCAGCAAUAGCUCAUGGUCUGAAUGAGACAGAGGUCACACACAUCAUCACUAGUAAAGAUCUUCUGCAGAGUCGUCUCAAGGAAAUUCUGCUGGAGGUCCCUAGGCUGCAGCACAUUAUCAUUGUUGACCAGAAGCCCACCAGCUGGCCUGGCCUACCAAGAGGCAUUCUGGUCCACAACAUGUCCUCAGUGCAGGAACUGGGAGCAAAACCAGACAACAUGAGGGUGCAGCGGAGGCAGCCCCUUCCCAAAGAUAUCGCCGUGAUCAUGUACACUAGCGGUUCCACAGGCAUCCCCAAAGGAGUCAUGAUCUCUCACAGUAACAUCAUUGCUGGGGUAGCUGGAAUGGCUGAACGUAUCCCAAACUUGGAUGAGAAUGACACCUAUAUUGGUUAUCUGCCACUGGCACAUGUGUUGGAGCUCAGUGCUGAGCUGGUGUGUGUUUCUCAUGGCUGCCGCAUUGGAUACUCCUCACCGCAGACCCUUGCAGAUCAGUCGACCAAAAUUAAAAAAGGCAGUAAAGGAGAUUCCACUGUCCUGAAACCAACACUUAUGGCAGCUGUGCCGGAGAUCAUGGACCGUAUCUAUAAGAAUGUAAUGACUAAGGUGGAUGAGAUGAGUAGAGUGCAGAGGACUCUCUUUGUGCUAGCCUACAACUACAAAAUGGAGCAGAUCACUAAAGGAUAUAGCACUCCACUAUGUGAUCGUCUUGUUUUCAGGAAAGUGCGUUCUUUGCUGGGUGGGAAUACACGAGUGUUGCUCUCAGGAGGAGCUCCUCUAUCUGCUGCGACUCAACGUUUUAUGAACAUCUGUUUCUGUUGCCCAGUGGGACAGGGCUAUGGCCUCACAGAGACCUGUGGAGCGGGGACUAUUAGCGAUUUAUAUGAUUACAGUACAGGCCGAGUUGGAGCACCUCUGGUGUGUUCUGAGAUCAUGCUUAAGAACUGGGAGGAGGGUGGAUACUACAGUACUGACAGGCCCAAUCCUCGAGGGGAAAUUCUGAUUGGUGGACCGAAUGUUACUAUGGGUUACUAUAAGAACGAGGCAAAAAACAAGGAAGACUUUUUUGUGGACAAAAAAGGCCAGCGUUGGUUCUGCACAGGAGACAUUGGCGAAUUCCACCCUGACGGUUGUCUUAAAGUCAUAGAUCGUAAAAAGGACUUGGUGAAACUACAGGCAGGAGAGUAUGUAUCUUUGGGAAAAGUGGAAGCGGCUCUGAAAAACUGUCCCCUCAUCGACAACAUAUGUGCUUAUGCCAACAGUGAAGAGUCAUACGUAAUUGGCUUUGUGGUACCUAGUCAGAAGCAGCUACUGGCUCUUGCCAAGCAGAAGCAAGUGCGAGGGUCAUGGGAGGAAAUUUGUAACCACCCUGAUAUGGAGAAGGAGGUGCUGCGUGUCAUUACAGAAGCUGCUGCAAAUGCCAAACUGGAGCGUUUUGAGAUCCCGAAGAAAAUCCGUCUGAGUUCUGAGCCGUGGACUCCGGAGACAGGCCUGGUUACUGAUGCCUUCAAGCUCAAACGCAAGGAACUCAAAAGCCACUACCAGGAAGACAUUGAGAGGAUGUAUGGUGGCAAGUAAAAGAAGAAAGGGUCAAACAGUAGCAGGAAUUGGGUUAAUUCAAAGGAUUUAGGAUGAGAACAAAGCCAACAUAAUAUGAUUCCUAAUAUAUGUUCCUGCUUCUUUUGAAUAAACCUCUUAUAUAUAGGAACUUUUGAAUUAUUGUAAGGCAUUAACUGACCAAAACAAAAUCAAAGAUGGUGAGACGGUAAACAGGCAACUAAAUAUGUCUAAUCAGCAACAAUAACGCAAUUUUUGACCAGUGUUCUUCUAGUGGACUUCUAGAAGACGUACGUUUGUAUUAUAGACUAAGGAGACACCAGGACUUGGCAUGGAUCAUUUCAGGAACUAAUGAGAUGACUUUAAAUCUCAGACGUUGUAAUGGAUGAAGCAGCUCCAAAUAGGUGCAAGAAUUGUACAGAGUCAGAGUGUCCUGUUGGAUUUCUUAUAAAUGAAGUCAUAAGACUUAAUAGUGAGACUGUUGACAGGAACAAGGUAGCAUUAUACAGGGAAAAUGUUUUAAACUGUUGGUUCUGUUUCUUUCCAUUUGGUGAUUACUGGCAUCUGUGAAUUGAAGUCUCCAGAGAUUUCAGUGUGAAGGUCACUUAAUAUAUCAUAUUCUAUACAUGUGCUCUUUUUAAAAAAAAAAAAAAAAAAAAAAAAAAAAAUUCAAAGCACUCCUUGAUAUUUAGUGUUUUUGUUUUGUUCCUUGCACUUUUUUUCUCUGUCAUUCCUGUUUCCCUUUUGCUUCAGAGUGCAUUACAAAAAAUUACUGAUACUCUGGGAUUAAGUGGUCCUGACAAUGGCGUUAAUGAUUUACUGUAUCCUGCUCCUUGUAUAUAGUGCUCUAUUUUUGGCUUUCAUACCUUUUUAAUAGAUUAUUUAAAGCUCUCCACCAAUAUUACUACUCCAUUAGAUGUAUCUUAAAAAAGGGGUUUAGCUAACACCACCAAUAUGACUAUCUAUAAAUGGAAAUGAGUGGCAUAGAACUUGGCACUUAUGGCAUAUUCUACAGGAAUGGGCACAGUUGUGUAGUUUCACCUGUAUAACGUGUUCAUCAAAAGAUGGAUUCACUGAAACUGAAUUAGCAAAUUUAACCCAAGACCACCUUGUCACUCUUAUCUGUGAAGAAUUUUGGAUUAUCAAUUAAUCCAGACUUGAAGAACCCCACUGUACAGUGAUCGUUAAUUCUGUCUGUGACAGAGAAGUAUCACUCACAAAUUUUACACUUAUUAUAAUUCAAAAGUGGCUUCAUUGUCAAAACUUUCCUGUGUUGGGGAUUGUUUGACCUUGAUCUCAACAGUUAUUUGCAAGUGAGUUAUUUGCAUUAUUUUUCUCUCAUAAUUUGAAAAAUGACUGCUUACUGUAAAGUAAUAUUUUCUUCAAAUAACAAAUGCAUCAUUCAACAAGAGAAGUGUUGCCCAUUUUUUGUGGUGAAGUGUUAAAAUGAGGGGGGAAAAAUUAUUCUCCAUAUUUUAUAUGAAUUUGAUGUGAACAUUCCUUUUCAUGAAAAAAGACCAAGUAAAACGGAACUAACAGACUGCGAUUUCAUCAGAAGAAUAGUUGGGGGUUUCUGUAGAAUAUGCUUCAUACUAAUAUUCCAGGCAUCUUGUUAGUCAUAUUGGUGUUUAGGUUAAACCCAAUCUUUUAAGAUGGUAUUAUAUGUUCUGCCAAUUAUUGGUACUGUUACAGAAGAAAUACUUAAGCAAUGCUUCAUUAAGAAAUAAACCAGCAAGCUAACUCUUCACUCAACCUCAGAAAGGGGGUAUGUACAUAUGUCGGGAUGUAUGUGUGUUUUAUAUCUCCUUCUUAUUCUCCAAACUGGUCAGGCAUUUGAAUUAAUGCAUGUGGUGUUUGCCCCUCUCCAGUGUUUUGUCAUCUCUGAUUAUUUAGUUAUUGGGAUUCUGCUAAAAUCUGUUUCACAGGAUUAGUAAGAAGUGGGCAGGGAAUUUAUAAAGCUUUACAUUUGUGCAUAUAUCGUAUGCCUUUAGUCCAUAUUCCUUUAACAACAGCAGAAACAUAUUAGAUGAAUGUUUACAUGAGACAAGUAUGUGCAGCAGGUUCAUGCCUUUGCAGAAACAUUUGAAAGGCUUUGUUGAAACCGACUUUUAUAUUGAAUUCUUAUAUCUUGGUAUUGUCAUGGGUCUAGUUGGUAGUUUGUGUCGAAUAAAAGUGUAAAAUAAAUGUGCAAUAAAUAUUUGUUAUUUUAUUAUACACCUGUAAAUGCACACUGCUCACCACAGGAGCAUGAACCAACCUUCUGUUUAGACUUAUAAAGCCAUUUUAGUUAGAGUUCAUUGAUGACAUUUUAUGAUUCAAAUAUAGUAGUAAUAGAGACAGACAAUACUGCAAACGUUGUCCUUUGGAUGGGACAUUUUUUUUCUCUAAUGGUUUUUAUGACAUGAUUAAAUGUUAUUUUGUAUUUAGGUUAUACUACUUCUCUAAAAUUAGGUACAAUUUGGCUGUAUUUUCCUGUCAUAGCAGUAUACAUCCAAGGUGAACAUUUAAACUGUCAGUGCCCACAAAACCAAUGUGUACUGCAAUGUUUUGAAAACAAUAGUUUAAUUGUAUAUAAUAAUAGUUUAAGUAAGUGUCUUGUAUAUAUUAUCUGCCUUAACAUAAAAAAAGUACAUUUUUAGCUGGUUGUCCUGAAGUUGUGCAACCAGAUCCAUAGAAAGCAUGCGAUAUUUGAACUAAGCCUAAAAACAAAAACUGCCCAUCCAGUCCCCUACUUUCACUUCCCACUGCAUUUACAGUUGAAUAUACAGGACACUGUUUGCACUGUAGACAUAACAAUCUGAUUCUGGAACAUAAAAUGAUUACCUGAGAUUAUUACCUGGUAACCUGUGACACAUACAUGUUUCAUUUGGACAAGUAUUGAAAUGAGCAGAUUUGCACAUUUUGGGUGAAUUUUCUCCGAUUCAGCUGCAGACUUGAUCCAAAAGUCUGAUGCUCGUGUUUAAACCCAUAAACUGGUUAAGUGUGAUUGAAGAGAAAAUCUGGUUUGUAUUUACACUGCAAACUGAGAUGUUUAAAUCACAUCUGCUUUCCAUCUCCUUUUAUUUAUUUAUUUUCUUCUCUCUUUUUUUUUUUUUUUUUUUUUUUAAGAAACUGUAUAAUUGUGUUAGCCUGUGCAAAAGCAUGUAAAUGUACUCCAGGUCAUGCCUGGAUCCAGAAACCCAAUCCGAUUCCACGUGUUUAAACCUAUGGAAAAAAACAAAACAUGAAUCCAUAUGAGCUGAAAAGCUGAACUCUUGUUAUACACUCCAUUUAGUGAUCACACUAUAAAUAUCUCUUGCUUUUCUCCAGGAACAAUAAUCAUUUCCACUGCCAGAUGUAAACAUGUAAAAAAGAAAAAUUUUGGUGGUGGUGGGUUUUGUUUUUUUCUUGUCUUUGUUUCUUGGUUUUGAUUUGUUUUUGGGGGGGGGUGUUGAUUUAUUCUCGAGGUCUGUUUCUCGUUUAUGUGAAUGAAAUUACUGUGUAGCAGGUCUCUUCUACUUUUAUUUAUUUGGAAAUUUGCAUUGAAAGUGUGUAUAAGAAUAAAGGUUUGUGACUGUUUGAAA